CACAAAACUCAGAGACAUGCUUUAAAUAAAUAGUCUUUCAGGUGUCUGUCUGUUAAUAAUCAUCGGUUAUACAUGGAACAGCAAAUUACAGAUUUUUUUUCUGGUUUAAUCAGGCCAAAAAUGUCGAACACAAACGGCUCGUCGCUGUUGCGUCUGGGUGUCAUACUGACGAUCACAUGUGUCAUCUCUCUGAGUGUUGUGUUUGUCUGGUUUUCACCUUCAAAACACUGUCCACCUCCAAUAUUUAGACCUGACCUAAUAAACCCUGCCAAGAGCAACAAGUCUGUAUCUGAAAAGGCUGAGGACGAAUCUCUUUCUGAUAAAACAGUGGAGAAACCUAUACUUCUGUUGUGGGUUUGGCCUCAAGAUUAUAGGUUUGAUUUCAGCGACUGCAAAAACUUGUACAAUAUUGAUAAUUGCCAUCUGACGGAUGAUAGAGGUCUCUACAACGAAGCAGAUAACGUAAUCGUUUAUCACAGAGACAUUCAAUGGGAUCUGUCCAACCUUCCUCCAUCUCCUCGUCCUCCGUUCCAGAGGUGGCUUUGGUUGCAUUUGGAAUCACCAACCAACACCAAAAGGAUACCGGGUCUGGAAAACCUGUUCAAUCUCACUCUCAGCUACAGACAGGAUGCUGAUAUUCCCGUACGGAUGAAAUUGAUCACCAGGAAGAAGCCUGACGAUAAAUUCGUGAUUCCCAAAAAGGACAAACUGGUGUGCUGGAUCGUAAGCAACAACGAUCCUUCAACUGGUGUUGACACGAGAAACGUUUUUUUCAGAGAACUGAGCAAAUACAUACAAGUGACUUUGUUCGGAAGAGCUUAUGCAAGAUUCCUGGAUUAUAAUGACUAUUAUCCAACCCUGGCUAGCUGCAAAUUUUACCUUGCCUUUGAGAACUCCAUCCACAAGGACUACUUUAUGGAGAAGAUAAACGGACCGCUUGCAGCAGGGACCGUCCCUGUGGUCUUGGGCCCUCCGAGAAGAAACUAUGAAAACUAUUAUCCCGCUGAGUCCUUCAUUCAUGUCAAUGACUUCCCGGAUGCAAAGUCACUAGCUGAGUAUCUGCAUCAGCUGGACAGGGAUGACAAUGCAUAUCAGCAGUACUUUAACUGGAGGAAACAUCUCACUCCAAGUCCUCAUUUAAUAUUACAGACACAAGAGUUUAUUCUGGCUAUCUGCACUGCCUGUGAUCAUGUAGCACGACACAGAGAAUAUAAAGAAUUUCAUGAUCUCUAUGAUUGGUAUUUUAAUUGAAGUUACUUCAGAUUUUCUUACAUUGGAGCUAGUGACUACAACGUAUUAGUGGAGUUUUAUUUGUUAAAUCAUUAAUUAUGGAUGACCUAGUAAUUACGUGAAGAUGCUUGUAUUUUAUUAGUUUUAUUUUUACGGCUAUAAACUAGCUCUUUUUGUGCCACUUGUAAAUAGAACUUGCAACAUGAAGCAACACAUGUAAAUAUGCUGCUUUAUUAUAUUUGUGAACACUCAUUUUGUCAACACAAGCCAAUAAUAAAUGCACGAAUAAUUGAUUUUGACAAAA